AUGGGGCCCGAAAUGGCUGCCGCGUGCUGCACCAUCCGCCGGCUGGCCACCCACAAGGGCGAUCAGGCCGUGCUCUUGCAGCUGCUCUCGCUGGAGAAGAAGCUCUUCAAGAAACAGGACAACUGGGGAGACCUUUUGGUGAAGGAGACCCAGCGGCGUAACACUUUCCUGCUCUACGCCGAGGCGCCAGCAGCAGCAGCAGCACCCGAGCCGCCCGCCGCCAGCCGCCGCCAGCCGCGCAAGCCGCAGCAGGCACAGCCGCCCCCGCAGCAGCAGCGGCAGCAGGAGCAGCAGGCGGCCGUGGUGGGCUACAUCGUGUACACCACCACUGGCCUGAACGCCCACAUCUCCAAGCUCGCCGUCGCCCCCGACUGGCGCCGCCGCGGCGUGGCACGCAGCCUGGUGCGCGCAGCUGUGGGGUCGGCCCGCGCCGAGCGCCGAGUGGCCUCCGUCAGCCUUCACGUGGACGCCGAGAACGCACCAGCCCUCGGGCUGUACCAGGGAGAGGGCUUUGCCAGCGAGGCGCUCCUAGAGGAUUACUACUGCCGUGGGCGGCACGCACAUAAGAUGCGCCUGGAGCUGGGCAGCAGCAGCCUGUGA